ACAGAUGGUUGAGGUAUGAUGAGGACUACAGAAGGAUGAGGCAGUCAUACCCAGAGAGUUCUUGGGCAUGGUUGGAUUUAGGGCUUUUGUGCUGGCUAGAUACAAGCGGAGAUGCAGCAACAACAGAUUGUGGUUUUCCAGUUAAUCAGAAUGGGUAUAACACUUAUAGGUUCGGUUUAACAACAGACAACCAAUGGGACAGAACAGACGGGAGUGCUGGAAAGUGUUAUCAGUACAACUUCGGUCAGUGUCGGAAUCAACUUCAGUGUAGAUUUAAGCAUCAAUGCAUGGCUUGUGGUAAGGUAAACCACUCAGCCAAGGCUUGUUUUCGUCUCUCAAACCCCCAGAACAAAAGUUUUUACUCACCCGCCACCUUUAAAGGGUACGCAGCUCCAUCUCCCAACGCCGGUAAAAGGGGAUAUUUUAAGGGAAUGGCUCAAAGCGUAUCCAGAUAGAGAAGCAGCAGCAUUACUACAAGAGGGAUUCACCAAGUGCUUCAAGAUACCAGCAAAAGGUAGGAAGCAAGGGGUUUGGGUCAAGAACUUGAAGUCAGCAGAAGAGCAUCCGGACAUAGUUAGAGCAAAGAUAAAUAAAGAAUUGGAAGCGGGCAGACUGGCAGGCCCAUUUCCCUGCCCACCAAGAAGAGCAUUUAAGGUUUCUCCUAUCGGCGUAGUACCCAAAAAGAAACCUGGUGAAUUUCGGCUUAUUCACCACUUAUCCUAUCCACAAGGAAAUUCGGUAAAUGAUUACAUAAAUGGGGUAGGGACUUCAGUGCAUUAUGCGUCUUUUGAUGAAGCUGUUAAGAAAGUCAUGGAAAAAGGAAGAGGGGCCGUUAUGGCAAAAGCUGACAUAGAGUCUGCUUUCAGACUUUUAGUGGCUCAGCGGGUAGGGGAAGACAGAGUUGUUCAUUAUUUAGAUGACUUUCUAUUCAUUGGGAAGGAGGACACAGGGGAAUGUCAACAAGCGUUGGAUACAUUUCAACAGGUAUGCAGGGAGUUAGGGGUGCCGCUAGCAAGGGAUAAAACAGAGGGCCCGACGAACAGAUUGGCUUUCCUGGGUAUAGAGAUUGAUAGCUUCAAUGGGCAGUGCAGGCUUCCUAUUGACAAGGUGCAGAAAUUACGACUACUCUUAAGUCAAGUGCUAACACAGAAUAAGAUAACCCUUAAACAGUUACAAGAAUUAGUAGGGUUAAUGAAUUUUGCAUGCAAAGUGAUUCCUGUAGGACGCUCAUUUAUGAGGCGCUUAGCUGCUAAGGGGUCAGGGUGCACAAAGCCACACCAUCGGAUUAGGAUCACACAAGGUAUGAAGGAGGAUCUAGGUGUGUGGUGGAGUUUCUUAUCAGACUACAAUGGGAUAGCAAUUUGGCAGGAGGGAGACCAGCUACCUCCCGCUCAGUUGUUUACAGAUGCAGCGGGGGGAAUUGGCUUUGGGGGUUAUUUUCAAGAUCACUGGUUCAGCAUGGCUUGGCCGUCUCAAUUGAAAAACAGGGUAGAUAUUUCAAUCGCAGAUAUGGAAUUUUUCCCAGUAGUGGUGGCAUUGGAAAUUUGGGGAGCACAAAUGAAAAACAGAGUAGUCUGGCUGCGUUCUGACAACAAUAGUGUAGUGCAUAUAGUCAAUAAUCAGCUGGGUGGAAAGGGGGUAUUAGGUAGGAUGAUGAGAUAUUUUACAUUUAAGUGUUUGACAUUUAAUGUGACAGUUAAGGCACAACACAUUCCUGGCAUCGAUAACUCAUUGGCAGAUGCCCUUUCUCGUUUGCAGUGGCCCCGUUUCCGGUCGCUGGCCCCAAGGGCGACUCCUUCUCCGACACCAGUGCCAGUUCAAUUAUGGGCCUUAUGGACAGAUGACAAUGGUUGCUAAUGUGUAAUUCUCUCAGUAGAAGAACAAGGGUAAGGUACAAUAAAUGUAUACAACAGUUCUUGCAAACUAGAAUAACCAGUGGCUGGGAAUCCAUUUGGCCUUUUCCACCUCACCAAAUCAGGUCUUAUAUCAUGGUGAUGAAAGAAAAAGGUUGGAGCCUGGGCAGAGCCAGAAGCACAUUGUCAGCCUUGAAUUGGUUCCAUCAGGCUUUGGGUUUGGAAGAUCUAGCUAACACUUUCCAAAUACGUGCGAUGUUUAAAGGUUGGGGGAGACAAACACCCAAGAGGCUGGAUAAGAGAUACCCUAUAGGUCCAGCUGUAUUAAGCAAGUUAUGGAUUGUGGUUUCAGAGGUUUGUUUCUCUACUUAUGAGGUAUCAUUAUUUAAGGCUGCCUUUCUGCUGGCUUUUUGUGGGGCAUUUAGAUGGUCGGAAAUUGUCCAACCGAACAAGAAAAGCCAAGGAACAGUACUGCCUUUAGAACAUGUACACGUGAUGGGUGAUGACACCUGGAUUUAUGUGGCGAAAUCUAAAACUGAUCAGGAAGGCAAAGGUCAAUGGGUAAGAGUAGUUACCCCGGAGGGAUUAGAAUGGAAUGUGACUAAAGUGUUAUUGGAGUACCAGGGUUAUAGGGGUUUAUUAGGUGGACCAUUUUUCUGCCAUCAGCAAGGUGAACCACUUACACAUUAUCAGGUGAGAGCAGUCUUAAAGCAGGCAGUUAAGUUGAUAGGCUUGGACACAAGCAGGUAUACAUUGCAUUCUUUUCGGAUAGGUGCAGCCUCAUAUGCACAUGAAAUGGGGAUGUCGCAGGCAGACAUUAUGAGGAUGGGUAGAUGGAAAUCCAAAGCUUAUAAAAGUUAUGUAAGGUGUAAACAACUCUAACUCUUGUUCAUUGCAUUUCAGCAGACAAAUCCGCAGAACAGAAAUACAUCUGGAUAGUUGGCCAUUCCUUUGUUCGGAGACUUCACCUCUGGGUGCAGAACAGGCCGGGCUUACCCUUUCAAAGAGAACAAGCUCCAGGCAAAACAGUUUGGUAUGGGGUGUCAGGAAUGCAGUAGCACCAGCUUAGCACAGUAAUGCAACAAGCAGCGAGAAGUGGUAAACCUCCUGCAGCCAUCGUCUUACACCUAGGGGGCAAUGAUAUUGGUCAGCAACCAAUACAAGAUUUAAUUAGUUCUAUGGUACGGGAAAUUAAUUACAUACAUGAAUGCUGGCCACACGCCAUUAUUUGUUGGUCAGAAGUGGUACAGAGGAAAAGUUGGAAAGGGGUUAGGUCCAUAAAAGCUGUGGAAAGAAUGAGACGGAGAAUUAAUAAUUCUAUGGAUAAGAUUUUAAAGGCCAUUAAGGGGUUGUACAUUCCCCACCCUGGCAUUCGGGUCUGGUGGCCAGACAGGUAUGAGAAAGAUGGGGUUCAUUUAUCGGAAAAAGGUUCACAGGUAUUUUACAAGGAAUUACAGGCAGUUUUAGCUCUGAAGGGCAUUCACCUAGAGUAGGUUGAGAUGUGCUGGCGGAAGGGAGGAACAUUCCUCCCUUCUGUGGCGGAAGGCAGGAAAGGUAAGGGAGGCCAAGGCAAGUGGGGGGGGAGGUCACAGGACUUUUCAGCUGGACCUUCCACAGGCCAGACAGCCCCAAGGGAUUGUUGCCAGGGGACUUAUCAGCCCGGCAAUGGCCCCCCUUGGCAGAUUGUAAGGUGGCCCAGAAGAAUUGUGAUGAACUGUGAAAAAGUUGUUAUGAAAUGGGUAUGAUACAUAAAAAGGGCCAGAUAUCGACAGUGCUGUCUGUUGUCCUGUAGGCGUAGUGGAAUGCUAUGAAAGAAAUAAAUGGCCUCCCUGAUAUUCCUGCCUUGCGCACAUCUCAUAAUAAUUGGUUUAUUAGAGAAAGUCAUUGACAAUGAUUGGCAAUAAACACAUGGCUGCGGCCAUUUAAUCCA